CUGUUGUUCCUUGGCAAACAUUCAUUUCAAAUUGGUAUAUGAUGCUGGAGAUACUUGACUUUUCAGGUAAGCUACCUGUGUAAGGUAUGCACUGCAAUCAGGAAUGGUUAGCUCAUCCACCUGAAUCAAUAGAUUCCCUCAUGCAUGUUCAUGCCCCCAAAUUCACACCCAUACCAUUCCAUGACCUUUUGGUGCCAACAAGCAAUUUGACUCUGAUACACACGCCUGGUGAUGUUCAGCACCACGCUUUAUAACUCGCAAUUUAUUUAAGACUGUUCUUUAUUUCUUUCCCUUAUUGCUUUGGCACACACGCCUCAUCUCGAAAAUAUCUCGCUCCGUCGUGUGAUAUGUCAAAUGAGUUUAGGAUAAUCCGAAGAAUGGUCCGAUGAGUCAUGUUGGCGUGGGGAAAGAUGCCGCGUUCACGUACUAUCCGCGAGUUAUCUGGAGCUCCUAGUUCCAAAUUGGACAUUUCAUUUUAACGACCCUCUAAAUCGUAAUUGCAGGGAAACUCGGGGAGAUAUGUUUGUUACCCGAGUUGUGACGUUUCACCACCUACCAUUUACAUUUUCAACCAAACUAUGACAACCAAUCCUUUGUUGACAAUUACAACCCUCAAUGUACAGGAUACUUCUUCUCUUGAGAUUAAUGCCAAGUUCUGAUUCGUUGAACGCUGCACUUGUAUAACUACAACCAGUUAGCAAAUCGGAAAAAUUAUACAUUUUUUGUUCUGACUAGCACUUGAAAGCAGCGUCAGUUUAUUACAGACGCGUCAACAAGCAGACUUCGGAAGGAAAAAAACCGCAUUGGCCACACAAUGAGCAGAUUAAUGUACAAGGCAAAGUGUGUAUUAACAGUUGCAUUCUGUGCCUUUGUGCUGCUCUUCAUAGCCUACUUCACACCCAUGUCAGUAAGGUACUUGGAGGGGUUCCUUCCCAUGAGCCGAUGUCCUCAAGCCCCUGCAGAGAAGCUGAAGCUGGGGAACAGUAUAGAUGCCUCCCUAGACCUCUGGUCCAGAGGUGAUGUUCAGACCUGCACUGACUGGGGAGCACCUGUGAUCUGGGAUGGUAUGUUUGACCCAGAUCAUUACGACCAGGAGCACAGGAAGAACCACUCAUCUGUCUCUCUCACUGUAUUCGCUGUGGGCAGGUAUCUAGAUGCCUACCUGAAGGCAUUCCUUCUCUCUGCUGAGCGUCACUUUAUGGAGGCUUUACCUGUAACAUACUAUGUGUUCACGGACGUUCCUGAGAGGGUACCAGACAUCCAUCUUGGUCCUGGGCGGAGCCUGAAAAUUGUGAGGGUGCAGAGACACUCUCGCUGGCAGGACAUCUCCAUGAUGCGUAUGAGGGCCAUCGCAGAUGCAAUCGAGUCACGGAUUCGUCACCACAGCCACUACGUCUUCUGCUUUGACGUGGACCAGGUGUUUGUGGGUCGGUUCGGCUCCGAGGCUCUGGGAGACUCUGUUGCUCUGCUCCACGCCUACUACUACCACCGACCACAGAGCCUGUAUGCCUACGAACGCAACCCCAGGUCCAGGGCCUACAUGGAGACUGGGGACUUCUACUAUCAUGCUGCUGUGUUCGGAGGCUCGUGGCGAACUGUGAAGAAUAUGACGGAGACCUGUUACCAAACCAUCAUGAAGGACAAGGAGAACCAGGUGGAGGCUUUGUGGCACGACGAGAGUCACCUCAACAAGUACCUGUGGAUCCAUAAGCCCAGCAAAGUGCUGUCUCCAGAGUACUGCUGGGACAGGAACAUUGGCUACCGUGGUGACAUACAUGUGGUCCGCCUGCUCUGGUCAGAGAAGAAAUAUGGCACACUCCGGGUUACAGAGUUAUUGUGACGGUGACUACGGUCGGUGUCUAAAUGCAUUAAUACUUUUGUACGCGAGAACAGUGUGAACCCCCACUAACCAGCUGAAGAAGAGUGACAACGGCGUUCAAUACAACCCUGUCCGCACCCCUUUCACCGAGAGACCUGAGUCAGAGCCAGCAACCGGUGUACAGCAUCCAAUCAAAGCUCUCAACUGCUUUCUCUCAGGCGUGUGACCGGAGUCCACGUGGAGUAAGCAUGGAGAGAGAUCCGUUCCUUAACUUCUCUCAUGUUGCUGGUAUGCUGGUUGGCAAAUGGUCAAGAUAUAAUGAAAUGGGUGGUAGAGGUGGGGGCGGACGAGGUGGGACAUUAUCAUGGGCCAUCCACUUGAACUAUGAAGCUAUCUGAAGAAGACUAUGAUGAGACGACAGAAGAUUGAGUGCCUGAAGGGGGGGGGGGAUUGAUUUAGGCUUGUCUUUAAUUUGUGGUGUUGAUUGUAGAGGUCGACACACUGCUAAAUGUAUAGUCAUUUAGAUUAAGAAUGCAUUGGGAUACAGAUCUGUGGUUAUAGUCAUAAGAAAGUGAAUACUAUAAUCAUACUGUAUGUUAAUAUAAAUGUACGUUUUGUGCGUUCUGCCUUUUACUUUUUUUUAAAACUUUGAGUACUCGGACCAAUGUGAAUCACUGAAGCAAAGUCGUUCAAAUUUUGGGUUGGAUAAUUAAUUGGGUUUUGAUUAUAAUUUGGUAACUGAAUUAUUUUUUUGGGGGGGGAAACUGACCAAUUGAUUUGAGUAUGUUCACUAUAUGAGUGAAGCAAUUCAUGUAUUAUGGAUUUGUUGUUUCGAUUGAUGUUAUGCCAAUUGUGACAUGGGUGAAGAAGUUGUGUACUGAAGAUGUUGACACUAUACUCAGCAUGCCCUGGUGAAUGGAGAGGGUGAACUCUGAUCCUGAGAGUCAAAUCUAUUUUAUCUAUAUCCAUUACCAAAUGACAUUUUUGAACCAAACCCUGAGCACGGGCCCCAAAUUGAUCUGAUGGCCCAUUUGGUUUGUAUACAUAGUCCUGAGAGGAGCAACUGUAGGUGGUGUUUUAAAGGGAAUACGUGGUCCCAGAGUCAGUUCAUUUCCUAAAUAUUAUUUGAUAUAGAAAAGACUGUGCUGAUGGCAGGAAGGGAUUCAACUCCGUUUCCCAAGGGAGGUUAUUUACCAUGUAUGGCAGGGCCGAGCACCAGAAGGGGUUUUAAAUCGCUCUUAUUUUCAUUUUAUUGUUUUAACGCUGUAAGGGUUUAACUGAAGGUUUAAAAUAAACUUCAUUUCUUAAAAAUGGGGAAUGUGAGGGCAUUUUCUGUUAAACCUUACUAAUGCUUUUGUACUAAAUUAUCCAUCUUUAA